AUGCCGAUCGGAGACUUGUUAGCCCAAAUCAGCGGCGGCAAGUCGACUGCCGCGUCCGGCCCAGGACUCAAAAGGACCGACUCGAUUCCGAGUAAACGCAAACCUAAUGACGAUCUGCGUGGAGAUGGCUCAAAGACAUCACGUGUGAUGGCCUCGUCUGGUGGUGUUGGUCAGACAUCAAGGUCGUCUGGUGACAGGUCGAACCUUCAACAGCCGUAUACUGGAAGUGCAAGGCCGGGAAACACGCCUGGCAGCAAAGUGGCCGGUUCGGCAUCCAAGCCACCCAAGUCCACGAAACCGGGUCUUCCAAGUCGACCUGCGCCAUCACCUGCGGCCGCCGCACCCAAAGCACCGCCGAAGAAGGGAUCAUUUGCCGAGAUUUUGGCCCGUGGACAACGGGCUCAAGCUACCAUGGGGCAAGUGGGCAAGAUCCAACACAAGAAGGUCGAGAAGGGCGCUAUCAAGAAGGCUCGGGACGAACCACCCCCCGCGACGUCCUCCAAGGGACGAAACGUGGGUGGAUACGUCGGAACAUCAAAGCCUGGUCAGCGCAAUGGCGUCAACGGCCACAAACGGCCGCCAGGUCGUCCGAUAGACACCCGUCCGGGCGCCGGUGCCCGUGUCCCUGCAGCUCGUGGCAAAGCGGCCGCUGCUGCUGCAGCAGAGGAAGAGGCAGCCAAGAAGGUCAAGAAGGCAGCCCAAGCCACGACAGGUUACACAGGAACGGCGAGGCCGAAGCCAGGAAAUCCAGCCCGGAAGAAAGAUGUACCUCGCGGUGGAGCGUUGCUCAACGCCACCCGACACAGCACUUCCAAGAACUCGUAUGAAGACGAUUACGACGAGGAGCUAGACGAUUUCAUCGAGUACGACGAUGAGGAAGACGAAGGGGGUCCUCGGUACGACUACGACUCGGAAGGUUCCUCCGAUAUGGAAGCCGGCCUAGAUGAACUCGACAAGGAAGAACGCCGCGCCGAGUUCAUCGGACGCAGGGAGGACCAAGAUGAAGAGCGUCUAGAGAAGACUCUCAAAGCAGCCAAGGAAGAUCGGAAACGUAAAGCCCUCGAGGCACUUCGCGCAAGGAGACGGUAG